GCCGGCCCGGCCGGGCAGUGAGUGGCGCGCGGGCGCGGGAUGGGGCUGCCCGAGCGGCUGCGCAAGGAGUGGUUCCUGCUGGGCAUCGUGCUGGCCAUCGCUGCCGCCAAGCUGCAGCCCGCCGUGGGCGCCAAGGGCGGACCCUUGAAACCAGAAAUUACUAUAACUUACAUUGCUGUUUCAGCCAUAUUCUUUAACAGCGGACUCUCGCUAAAAACUGAGGAGCUGACAAGUGCUUUGAUGCACGUGAAACUACAUCUUUUUGUCCAGAUCUUUACACUUGUGUUCUUCCCAACAGCAAUAUGGCUUUUUCUUCAACUAUUAUCAAUCACACCCAUAAAUGAAUGGCUUUUAAAAGGUUUGCAGACAGUAGGCUGCAUGCCACCUCCUGUGUCUUCUGCAGUUAUUUUAACCAAAGCUGUUGGUGGAAAUGAGGCAGCUGCUAUAUUUAACUCAGCCUUUGGAAGUUUUUUGGGCAUUGUUAUAACUCCACUGCUGCUGCUGCUUUUUCUUGGAUCAUCUUCCUCUGUGCCUUUUACUUCUAUAUUCUCACAGCUGUUUAUGACUGUUGUUGUUCCUCUUAUUAUUGGACAGAUUGUCCGAAGAUACAUCAAGGAUUGGCUUGAAAGGAAGAAACCUCCAUUUGGUGCUAUCAGCAGUUGUGUGCUCCUGAUGAUCAUCUACACAACAUUCUGUGAUACUUUCGCCAAUCCAAAUAUUGACCUUGAUAAAUUUAGUUUGAUUAUAGUCGUGUUCAUAAUAUUCUUUGUACAACUGAGCUUCAUGUUUGUAACUUUCCUCUCUUCUACCAGGAAGAACUCUGGUUUCACGCCAGCAGACACCGUGGCUAUCAUUUUCUGUUCUACACACAAAUCCCUCACCUUGGGGAUUCCAAUGCUGAAGAUAGUAUUUGCGGGCUAUGAGCACCUGUCUUUAAUUUCUGUUCCCUUACUUAUCUAUCACCCGGCUCAGAUUCUUCUUGGCAGUCUACUGGUACCAACAAUAAAGUCUUGGAUGAUUUCUAGGCAAAAGGCACUGAAGUUAACAAGGCAGCCCAAAGCACCUGUGAAGGUAUAACAGUGAAGUUGGUCCGUGUCACAGUGAAUGUAUAUAUGUACUAUACUGUACACACACAGACAAUGACAGAGACUGGUAUUUGUGAAUGUUGCUUCAGUGCAUAUUUUAUUUUUAUAUCUGUAACUAAAAAGUUAUACCCAUUUAAGUGCCUUAAAAAUGCAUUUUUGGCAAAAGCAUUGUUUCCAGAAGCCACUUUGUCGGCUACUGAAAGAGGUUGUACAGUAUUUUGAAGUCAUUCAGUUUUUAUUUUUCUAUCUGAGUGGAUGAUCCUAGUAAUUAAAAGUUGCGUUCCCUUCAUUGUCUCUCAAGCUAGGAGUCACCAGCUGUAAGUUAAUGUUUUAAACUAGCCAAAAUUACUAGCAGCACAAUUCUCUGCUAGUUGACUACAGGGAAGUGCUUGCUGAACUUUGAUUCAAGACUGACUUGAAUUUCUCUGUGAUUCUGUUACCCUCCCCAGUCAUAUAACUGUGACAUGCCUUUUUCUUCUGAGUUUGUGUACACUCAGCAUGGGGCCAUCCAUUGUAUGGAAGCUGAGAAGCAUAAAUUAUUUGCAUGUGUUGACGCAGUUGUCUAGACAUUCCUUCAAAGCUAAUGGUUUUCUCAAGAAAUUUCUUUCAAUUCCAUUUUAUGAUAUUGUGCCAUUGUAUAUCUUAAAUGCAUCAUAGGCUUCUUCAAAGAAAUGGUCUACUGUUUGGGUUCUGAGUGAAGUUAUGUUGUGCAGCUAGGAGACUUUUUAUAAUUUACCCAAGGUGAACAAAAAUUUUUGUUUUUCUUUUUUCAUUUCCAAAUGUAACACAGAGAUCUGCAAUGACACAAUUGCAGAUGCUAAUGUUGAAACUGUCAUAAGCAAGCUAAGUUAUAAAUUGUCAUAUUAGAAAUGAAUAAUGGCUUAUGAGAACUAGAAUGUUGACAAUUAUUUUUCUCCAAUUAAGGUUGUAACAAGAAUUAAGAAAGAUGUUUGUGGUAGCAAAGACGCUAUUUUAAUUAAGUUGACAAUCAAUUGCAGCAUUUUUUUUAAAUAAAAUAUUUAUUUAUUUUUGUCAUAAAAUUAUAAGAAAAAAGAAUCUGGAUACACAAUAUUAUUUAUGUGGAAGGAAGAGGUGUAUAAUCUUUAAGCACACAACAAGCACUGCACCUUAUUCAGAAAAUCAAGGAACUAGAAUGGGGAUGCUACAAUUCACCCACUUGUAAGAACUGGAUAGGGCAUGUACAUCAAGACCUCAGAAGGAGUAAAAAUCAAAUCUCAAACCAUAAUAAGCACAAGUGCAGAGUUCAAGGGUUCCAGGCACAUCACUCUUACCCUUGCAUUCAACUUGUAUAAGAGUAUAGGUUCCCAGCUCAUGCAAAUGGCAGUUUAUACCAGCUGAGAAUCUGAUCUGUGCCAAGGGGAAUAGACCCUUGGGAUGAAUGACCCCAUAUGUUCUUCAAGUCCUGUUUGGUGAAUCUGCCAUGUUAUCCUGAUUUUGAUGUUUGAUGCCAAGCAGAGAUGCUUUACGGUAGAAUGGUCUGAGCUGCUGACAAGGCUAAGACAUCAGCUCUCACUAUGGAUCGCCAAGAAUGUGCUGUAAAAUCAACAGCCCCUAUUGAUAAAACAAGCAACUACCAAAAGUGCAUGGAACUGCAAGGUACAGAGUCCCCCUCAUCGACUAGAUUAGAGCUAGGAAUCCUGCCUUAAGCAGAUGGAGAGAUGCCUCUCCAUACCUGAGGUUGAGCUUGCAUCAUCACUAAGCUUACUGAAGUAUGCCACAAGUGCGUGCCUUUUGAGGGCAGCUCAAGCCCUCUAACAAGCUAAACUAGUAAAUUAAAAAAGCAGCUCACACCCGUAUUUUUAGAGCCAAAUAGUAAAUUCUCCUUUAUCAUUAGCUGGCUCUGUGUGCAUCCAAAUUCCUUUUCGAUACUUAACACAUAUACUAAAAACAUCCAAGGGUUAGAUAAAGGGCACAGGGUCAGUACACCUUCUUUUGGCUUUGUUUCCUUGACUGUCUUUUGAACCUCCAAAGUGUACAUACGUAAGGGCCUAAUCCAGCUUCCAUGAGACUGAGUGAAUUUUUCUACUGGCUUUAACAGGCAUGAGAUCAGGCCCAAAGAGAGCAUGAGUUUCUGGAUGACUGGUUUAAACCCCAGAGAGAAUUCUUGCACACAUUUUUUUUUCCCCUUCAUUGGAUGUGUCUACACUGAGCAGUCAAUACACUGCUAAUAUUCCAGCUGAUCUACCUCAAAGUACUGAAUCUAAUGCCUUCGCUAUGUGCAGCAAUUAGUUUAGAUUCCUUUGAAAAUGUCUUUGUUAUACAUUUACUGCGUUACCAAUAUGGUGGACUGUUUUCCAUAGAGAAUUUUGUUAGGUCCUGUUCAGUGUGAUUAUUGAGCUUAAAUGCUGUAUGUUUAUUUCUGUUUUUACAUAAAUGAAUGUUGGAUAUAUUGUUCUGAAAGGGGUGCAAAGCAAAACAGAAAUACAUUUUUAAAUCCAUACUUAGUGGAACUUAAUUAUUCAUAUCCCAAAUAUUUUGUUAUGUUUAAAGACUGUUAAGCUGUUCAUGUCAUGCCUUCAAUUACGCUUACACGUCUUUAUAAAAAUAACUUUGGUUAAUGCGAAAUAAGAGAAAAUACAAACUUCCUUAUGAAACAGUUCAGCAUUAUAUUUUUGUAACUUGAAGUUUCAUUCUUUUGACGAUGAUGUUUUGGAGGUUACUGCUUGUCCCUUUUUAAAAAAAAUGUAUUGUAAAAAAUAUAUAUAUUUUAUCAAUGGAAUUUGGAAAUCUUUUUCUCUACAUACAGUCCAUUUUAUUCUGUUGUAAAUAACUUCAAAGACCUGAUUUUACUUGGAAGAAGGGGGGAGAAUCAAGUAGAGGAUAUUGCAAAUUGUUAUCAGAUUAAAGAGAAUUAAAUACAGAGCUGUUUUUACAAGAAGAAGAUGAGGAAUCUUCUGAGGGUUCCUGAGCUUUGCUUCAGAGUUGCCAAGAGAAAGCUGACUGUUCAUUUUCAGGCAAAACUCCUUUUGCUGGCAAUGAGAAUUUUGUCUGUGUUAGGACUUGAGAAUACUGUUCACUCGUUAAAUGCCUUAGAUUCUGCAUAUCUUGAAUUCUAUAUAUUACUGUCAGUGCAGGAAAAAAUAACACAAUAGAGCUGAAGAGUUGGCUAUCUUUUGGUACGAAACUAACAGAAGAGUUGAUUUUCCCUUAUGUGUCUAAAUCAGAUGUGAAGCACAAAACCUAAUGGGUUAAAAUGGUCCAAGUAAUAUGUUAAAGUAAAAUAACCCAACGAUUUAUUUGAAAUCAAGUUCCACUACUUUUUUGUCAUUAUUUGUAUGUUCCUUCCUUAACGUGAGCAGCACACAGCCAACAAAGCUGCGGUCCCAACAGAGACUGGUGACUUACACCCAUCCACAGAAGAAAAGAAGAAUUCAGCCGUCUGUUUUUACAAAAAAUACAGCUGCAUAAAUUAUUCUGGUGAACAGGGAAAGAGGAGCCCUUUGUAGUAUGCUCCCUAAUCACACUUUUCAUCUUCAAUUUUACAUGUGUAUGGUUUUCUGCAGGAAUAGCUUGACAGGAGGAGGAGGAUAGAAAAGGAUGAAAAUUUGUGUAUGUAAGCACGAUAUAUAUGUGUGUAAGUGUACACAUACAUACAUACAUAUAUGUAUAAAUAAUGAGAAAGGACCAAGUCCAAAAUAUAUAAUUGUUUGCAAAUCCACAUAUGUAAGAAUAGUUACUUUUCUGAUGUUACUCUGGCAUUAAAAUUGAAAUGUCAAAUA